CUAAUUGCACAUGUAAUACGCGGCCAUGGGUAUGAAACAGGAGCUAACGAGGGCGGUGUGUGGUGUGGGGCUUAUCUUCUGUGUAGCCAGUGUUGGGCUGUACUUCCUGGCAGCCUCUUUGUCCAACAAGCUCGAGGAAGGGUCUUCUUUAUUUUUCCCUCGCACUGUGGAGCAGCUGCGAUCACUGGCCUCUCUCCUUACCUCACUCAAGGAGAAGCACUUCCCUCAUGUCCUUCUCCUGUUUGUGGGGGCGUACCUUUACAAGCAGGCCUUCUCCAUACCUGGUUCACUGGUCAUGAACAUACUAGCUGGAGCUCUGUUUGGGCUGAGGGUUGGUCUUCCUCUGGUGUGUGUCCUGAAUGCUGUAGGGGCCAGCACUUGCUACCUCCUGUCCGGGAUGUUUGGGAGAGGUCUUGUCCAGAAACUGUUUGCCAGCCGAUUAAAGCAACUCAAGAAGAGGUUGACGGAUGACCAGCACAGUCUCCUGUUCAUCCUUAUCUCCCUGAGGCUGUUCCCCAUGUCACCUAACUGGCUACUAAAUCUCUCCUCUCCUCAAUUGGGAGUGCCGCUGCAUCUAUUCUUCAUCUCCGUGUUGCUAGGCCUGAUUCCCUAUAACUUUAUCUGCGUACAGACAGGGCUCGUGUUGUCAGAGUUACAAGGAUUGUCGGUGCUUAACUGGCACUCAACUCUCACUCUCCUCGGUGCUGCCGGCUCACUGGUUGCCACGGCAAUGGUAGUACGGUGGUGCAAGAAGCGAAAUCAACCCAAAGAACUCAGCUUGACUCUAUAGCAUUUAGUUCUAAAUGAACCAACUAGAACCUAUUGUCAGGAGUACGUGUAUGAUGUCUACAUACACUCCUGUGUAUAAGUAUUCAUAGUUUGCUCUCUGUAAUAAUACUAAUUUGUGUGUUUGUGUGUGGUCGCUAAUAACUCCGUACAGCUGCUGUGCGUGGGCAGGUGUGGGGUUUAUUUUCCAUAUUGAAAUUUAUCAACUUUUUCAUUAUGUCAUCGA